GACAAGUGCAAAUACCAACUUUUUGUGGUGGUUGUAAUGGCUGCAGCAAACUUCAGAUGGCGUUCACGAGGUGGCAAAUCAUUUGAUCAUCAUGCAAUCUUAAAAGUGCAAACGAGAAAAUGUCAUGCUGCGUAGGCUAUAGAUCUUCGUCUGCCAUUGGAUGUCCCAUGACCGCCUGAUUAUGUAAAUAAUCAUAUAUUGUAUGGACUACAAAGCUCAACAAAGAAGCAAGAAUGAGCUCUUGUUCUGGACCAGAAGAUGCCAAAGUUGUAAUUGUAGGUUCAGGUUUUGCAGGGUUGGCCGCUGCAGCUACGUUGGUGAAGGCAGGAUUUGAACAUGUCCUGGUUCUUGAGGCGAAGGAAAGAAUUGGAGGUCGAGUGCACACCACUAAACCCUUCACAGAGAAUGUCAUUGAAGUUGGAGCGAACUGGAUCCAUGGACAGAAAGGAAACCCCCUGUUCAAGAUUGCGAAAGAGGAGAACCUGCUAUCCGAGGGACCUUCUGCAUCCAAAAACAUGUGCCUGCCCCGUUCUGUAACCCCUCGAGAUUACUUUUUCAAAGAAGAUGGGAAGCAGGUCUCCAAAACGGCUGUAGAUCAAGUGUGUUCGCACUUCAGCAAGCUCACCGACAAAGCUUUUGAUGAUGAACUUGAGCGUAAGCACAGGAAACUAACUCUUGGUGCUUAUCUGGAUGAUGCCUUUGGUGAAUUUCCUCUAGCGACGACAGAAGACGGCCAGCAAGUUUUUGAAUGGUGUAAGAGGACUGAAUGCACAGACGAGGCUUGCUCUACCCUCUACGAGGUGUCUGCAUCUCAAAUGAGCAAUUACACUGCUUUAGAGGGAGGGUUUUUUAACACUUUGGGACCCGGUGGCUAUCGAGCAGUCUUAGAUGUUCUCCUGAAAGAUCUACCUUCAGGAACUAUCCAGUGUAGUGCAGCUGUCAAGAGCAUCCGAUGGGACUUGGUCAGAAAAGGCCAUUGUGAAGAGCAAAGGUAUCCUGUUCAGGUCGUUUGUGAAAAUGGACGGAGCUUUGAGGCAGACCAUGUGAUUGUCACCGUUUCUCUGGGGGUUCUCAAAGACAAAGCCACGACCAUGUUUGAUCCACCCUUACCGAAAAAAAAGCUGUCUGCAAUUGAGAACCUUGGCUUUGGGAUAGUGGACAAAAUCGUCCUGUUUUUUGAGAAGAGUUUCUGGCCCGAUGACUGUGCCGGGGUUCAGAUGGUGUGGAAAGAGGGGCCUGAAGAUAAAGAUGUUUAUGAGUCUCUGUCUGAAGGAGACACCUGGAAAAAGACGUGGUUUAAGAAGAUCACCGGUUUUGAUACAGUGGCCCGUCAUCCAACAGCUCUGUGUGGCUGGAUCACAGGGAGAGAAGCGCAGUAUAUGGAGAAUCUUCAGGACAGUGAAAUAGGAGAUAUCUGUGUAAGGUUGCUCAGGUCUUUCACAGGCUGGUCAGUGCCAGAGGUCUCAAAGACGCUGAUCUCCAGAUGGGGUUCUGAUUCUCAUGUCUAUGGCUCCUACACAUUUAUUCCUGAUGGUGUUGAUGGAGUGAAAGCACACAAGGCAUUAGCAUCACCUCUUCCUCCUAAAGAUAAAUGCAGAGGGAGGAAGCACCUUCAGCUGUUGUUUGCUGGUGAGGCGACACAUGUGAACUUCUACACCACGACCCAUGGAGCAUAUCUCACAGGAGUCCGAGAAGCAGAAAGACUCAUAAGCUAUUACGCUGAUUGAGCAUACAGUCCCAAAGAGAGAACAACCUAUACUUUGGUUUCAUAAAGAUAACAUUUUAUGAAUGUGUAACAUUUUAUAGACCUCCUCUCACACCCUACAGACUUACACAAGUUUGGUGUUUAAACGACCUAUAGGUUGUUUCAAGCUGCCUGACAAACAUCAUUAACUGUGAGUGUGUACAUCCAGCUGGUCACGGUACCAUGCAUAUCUCUGUCCUGUUAAUUGUUAAACAUAUCCGUGUUGUACGUGUAGUACUGAUGGAGAAAUAUUCUUUCCCAAUCUCAAAGAAAGUUAAAUAAUGUUUUCUAAAAAUGAAAGAUGAUUGCAUUCAUUGAAGUAAAUUAAUUAAAUUAAGUAAACGGGUAGCUCUUAAUCUGUGAUAUG